AUAUAUAUAUAUAUAUAUAUAUAUAUAUCUGUUUAUCUUUUCCUCCAGAGAACUGACCUGAAUUCUAAAAUAUUUUUUGAGUACCUACAUUUAUCUCCAUUAAAGCUUCAUGUAAGCUUCUCAUUGAAUGGAGUGGCUCACGUCACACGAGAAGUGCCUUCUACAUUCACCUCCGAUGUCGUAGACUUUUUCCUGAGCUCUGUUGGUGUUACAUUUACUGAAGUAAAAGAUAUAGAACUCCGGAUGGCAUAUUUUGACUGCAAGGGUGUUAUGUUAACAGUUGGCCAGUUACUCUCUCACAUCCAGUCUCACUAUUUCUAUCAAGCUAUUCAGCAAGCAUAUGUCCUUGUUUUAGGUCUUGAUGUUCUUGGAAAUCCUUAUGGAUUAAUCCGAGAUUUUACCCAGGGAUUAGGAGACCUUUUCUAUGAACCAUUCUUGGGCUCAAUUCAGGGAACUGAUGAAUUCACUGAAGGUCUGGUGCGAGGAGUUCAAAGUCUCCUGGGACAUACUGUAGGAAGUACUGCUGGAUCUGUGGCAUUAAUGACUGGCUCUGUAGGUAAUGCCUUGGCUGCGCUCUCUUUUGAUUCUGAUUAUAAAAAGAAGCGUCGGACUCGUGUGAUGCAGCAACCAGAAAGUCUACCAGAAACUCUUGCAAUUGGGACCAGAGGUUUCAUUAAUGGAGUUGCUCUUGGACUUUCUGGAAUUAUUCUAGAUCCAAUAAAAGGUGCACAUGAGGAUGGUGUAGAAGGAUUCUUCAAAGGAAUUGGCAAAGGUAUUAUGGGUUUGCUGACAAAACCUGCUGCAGGGGCCAUAGAUAUGGUCAGUAUGGCAUUUGAUGGACUUAGAAGAGCUGCCGAAUUAGAAGGUGGAAUUGUGGCCAGGACAAGGCUGCCUCGCUUUAUCAAUCCCUCUUUGGGUCUCAAACCAUACUCGCCAUACCAAGCGAUAGGAGUCCGUCUCUUACAAAGUAUUCGUAAAGGCCAAUAUCUGCAAAGUGAUAUGUACUGGGCACAUGCACCGCUCAGCCGAGAAGAUCGAUCAGAUGUCUUCCUCAUCACAGAUAAACAUCUGUUUCUGUUGGAGAAAACUAAAUUAUGGGGUGACUGGAAUGUGGAAUGGGAAGUUCCAAUUGAUAGUUUGCUGGAAAUACCUGCAAUUGUUGAUAAAAGACUUGUUUUUAGAAUCAAAAGGGAUGAUUCCAGCCUGAAUCUCUUCUCCAGCGGUGAGCGGGAUAUUGUAUGCAAUGACACUCAGGUGCUAGCUUGGUUACACAAGAAGAUAGAACAUGUGAUUAAAUUCCGUAAACAGUGAAACAUGAGCACAAUCGCCAGGUGUGUGACGUGGAGUGUGACGACAAGGCACGUCAUUGUUUUUCCCCAUCCCCAUCUCCCAACUUUAGUCUAUUGCUUAUGAGAAGAUUCUGUUGGCACAAGGCUCCCUCCAUAAAACAGUUUCAAUCGUUGACCAACCAGUCAUUCUUCCCCAACCAUUGUUAUUAUUAUAUACGUAUGUAUGUAUACAUAUCUAUAUACAUAUGCACAAACACACAUACAUACAUGUGUAUAUAUACAUAUAUAUCUAUCUAUCUAUAUAUAUAUAUAGAU